AUGAUCAAUGCCGUGCUGGUUUUCAAUAACAAUGGCCAGCCCAGACUGACCAAGUUCUAUACUCAGCUGGACACUUCUGUCCAGCAACGCCUCAUCUCCGAGAUCUUCACCCUCGUCUCCGCCCGUCCAGCAAGCAGUUGCAAUUUCCUACCGCUGCCUCCCCUCCUGGCCUCGUCAUCCAGCAGCAGCACGUCGAACGAACACAACGAUGCCCCAUCUCUAGUCACCUACGGCCACUACGCCACCCUCUACUUCAUCUUGAUUUCCACCUCGACGGAAUCCCCGCUCGCCCUUCUGGACUUUAUCCGCGUCUUUGUCGAAGCGCUCGACAAACUCUUCGAGAAUGUCUGCGAGCUGGAUCUCAUUUUCAAUUUCGAGACGCUGCAUGCUGUGCUUGGGGAGAUGAUUGUGGGUGGCGUGGUGGUGGAGACGAGCCUUGACAAGAUCGUCGAGGGAGUAAGGGCGCAAGGGAGAGUGAUGAAGAGGCCGGUGAAUGAGAGUCGACCGGGCCUCGCGCAAGGCAUCUGGGCGGGGCGAUGA